AUGGCCACCUGCCUCGAAGUGAGGGCGGUCGUGACAGGCUUGCUGGCAUCUGUUGUUGCGACCGGUCUAGACACCAAUAAUUCUAGCUUUGAUGUACUAGACUAUGUUGACCCCCUAAUAGGAACUUCUAAUGGAGGCCAUUCAUUUGCAGGGGCAACUCUACCCUUCGAUACUCUCGGUGAAAACCAAGCUGGAUUUGCCUACGACACAACAUACGUCUCAGGGUUCUCCCACAUGCACGACUCUGGAACUGGUGGUUCGCCAUCCUUAGGAAACUUUCCAAUUUUCGUGCAUCCAGGCUGCCCUGAUGACGCUCUCGACAAGUGUACAUGGCAGCAGUCCGAUCGGGCGACCGCAUGGAUACAAGGCUCACCGAAAGCUCGACCCGGAUACUUUGGCAUUGCGCUACAGAACGGCGUUAGUGCUGAGAUGACUGUCACGAACCAUUCGGCUCUGUAUCGCUUUACUUUCACCAAUACGACCACCCAGUCUCUUAGUCCUGUUGUUUUGGUCGACCUUAUGGAUCUUCCACAGUCACGCUCGAAUGGAACGGCUUCGGUGGACCCGUCGACCGGUCGCUUGACGGGAAAUGGUACCUUCAACCCCAGCUUUGGUAUCGGAUCCUAUGAUCUCCACUUUUGCGUCGAUUUCAAAGGCGCUAGCAUUCGAGACACCGGUGUGUGGUCCAACAAUCGUGCCGGUCAAGGCCAGACAGCCAUAUCACUGACAUCUGAUGGGAGCAACACUGCGGCAACACUGUCUGCGGGGACAUUCGCCCGAUUCAACGCCCCAACGGCCAAUCAAACACUCCUGGCGAGAGUGGGCGUCAGCUUCAUUAGCGUGGAACAAGCCUGCUCCAAUGCAGAAAAAGAGCAACCCAACUUUGACUUUCCCGGGACCGUGAGCGCUGCAGAGGCUGCCUGGAGGGAUAAGCUGAAUGUCUUUCAGGUUGACGCGAGUGGUGUCUCAUCGGAUUUACAAAAGGUCUUCUGGAGCGGAAUGUACCGUGCAAUGAUCAGCCCACAGGACUAUACAGGGGAGAACCCACUCUGGCAAAGUGAUGAGCCGUACUAUGACAGCUACUACUGCAUUUGGGAUUCCUUCCGUGGCGUUCACCAAUUGCUCACACUGGCGGAUCCUCUGUCUCAGUCCCUCAUGAUGAGAAGUCUGGUAGAUAUUUAUCGCCACGAAGGAUACUUACCGGACUGCCGUAUGUCACUGUGUAAAGGAUACACGCAAGGAGGGUCAAAUGCAGAUGUCCUCCUAUCUGAAGCUCUCCUCAAGAACGUCAGCAACAUUGAUUGGGCCACUGCAUACGAGGCUGUUGUGAAGGAUGCUGAGAUCGAGCCCGCGAACUGGAAUGUCGAAGGCCGGGGAGGGUUAACUAGCUGGAAAUCGCUCAACUAUAUUCCGACCGAUGACUUUGAUCCCUACGGUGUCGGGCUUCAUACACGCAGUAUUUCUAGAACGGUCGAGUAUGCGUACAAUGACUUUUGCAUUGCUCAAAUGGCCCAGCGGUUGGGUCAUAAGAGUGACUACGAAACCUACACCCAACGUGCCACCAACUGGCAGAGCAUGUUCAAAGAUGAUCAGAAGUCCUAUCUGGGAGGUGUUGAUACGGGCUUUACGGGAUUCCUUCAACCCCGGUAUCCCAACGGAACGUGGGGCUAUCAAGACCCAAUCUUCUGCAGCCCAUUGCUUAACUUCACGUCAUGCUAUCUGAACGCGGACGGACAUGAGACAUACGAGGGGAGCGCAUGGCUCUAUUCAUUCUUCGUACCACAAGACAUGGCUGCGCUCGUUACCCGCCUCGGAGGUCCCCAAACCUUCACCUCCCGUCUUUCCUACCUCCACGACUCGGGUCUUCUCUACGUCGGUGACGAGCAAGCCUUCCUAACCGUCUUCCAAUUCCACUACUCCGGCCGCCCUGCCUUAUCCACCGAACGCGCCCACUACUAUAUUCCAUCCCAAUUCAACACCUCCGUCUCUGGCAUCCCCGGCAACGACGACGGCGGAGCCAUGGGCGCCUUCGCCGUUCUCAGCAUGAUGGGAUUAUUCCCCGUCCAUGGCCAGGAUGUCUACCUCAUCAAUCCACCGUUUUUCGAGGAGAUCAGUAUCCGGAACAAGGAGACUGGAAAGGUCGCAACGAUUCGAAAUAUCAAUUUCGAUCCUACGUACAAGUCGAUCUAUAUCCAGAGUGCGACGCGGGAUGGCCAAGCGUGGACAAAGAAUUGGAUUACGCAUGACUUUUUCACUCAAGGAGGUGUUUUGGAGCUCGAGCUGGGGCCGGUGGAGAGUAGUUGGGGGACUGGUGAUGAAGACUUGCCCCCGAGUAUGAGUACUUGAUUUUUGGUCGACCAAGCUCUGGUAAGCUCGGGGGCGUAUACUGGCAGAGAGGUAAUAGCAGAUGCCUAUAAGCAUGAUUCAAUACGAAACGAUAAUCCGGCGCAAGGCAAUGCUUCUCCAG